CUUUACCUUCUUUCCCACCACCAAAACUGAACUCGUUUCUUCACUCUUCACCGUGCGCCACAGUGUCCCAUUUACACAGACGCGCACGGUUGCUGCAAUGGCGAAUUGUCUCUUACCAAUUCCCGCGAGUACCGCCAGAUCUUCUCCCCUGAAGCCAGCAAUGGCAACUGGGCUUCCCCGGAGCAAAUUUCUGGAAGUUGCUGGCUUUAAUCUUGGCAGAGUGGUCACUGUCCGCAAGCCUGAAUGCGCGAGAAACACUUCAAUUCGGGCGAAGGCUGCCGACAGUGACCAGCGAACUAAACCAAAUAGCAUCGUUUGUGUUGACUGUGACGGAAAUGGUGUGGUGGUUUGCUCACAAUGCAAGGGAAGUGGAGUAAAUUCUGUUGACCAUUUUAAUGGACGAUUCAAGGCUGGUGCACUCUGCUGGCUUUGCAGGGGCAAGAAGGAGAUACUAUGCGGUAACUGCAACGGUGCAGGUUUUGUGGGCGGUUUCAUGAGCUCUUACGAUGAUUAGACAUGAAAAAGUUGUACACGUUUUGUAUGUUAUUUUCCUGUAGUUCUUUUCAGCAAAAUUGUACCGGUACAACUAAUUACAAUCCCUCUCUCUCCCCCUUACUGGAAAUGAAAUGCCGACGAAGGGGGAAGAUCUAGUCUUGGUUCAACAAUCUGGGAUCCUCUGGUGCAACUGUUGGUUGGUGGUAGUGGUGUGUUCUUUUGCAAUUAUCGUUGGCCUUUGAGGCUGUAUGAUAAGACGUUUGUUUCAGCAUUGUUUGAGAACGGGAUAUCGGAGUUGGUUAUUCUA